CAGGAUUCCCCACAUUGAACGCUCCCUGUUUUUCUCUCUCCAGCAGCCUGAGUUCACAGGAGCGCGUGCUGGGACGUCGUCUGCAUUUGUCAGUUCUCAGGACACGCAAUGCUGGCUCGAGGGCUCGUGAGCGGCCGGGCUGGGCUCCGGGGUCGAGUUUCGGUUGGAUUCCUUCAAACUACGGUACUCGGUGUGAGGACAGGACAACAGGAGAGACACGGGGCAACUGAUGUGGCUCUGAAGCAAACCCCUCUCUAUGAAUUCCACAAAGCUCAUGGGGGAAAAAUGGUGGAGUUUGCGGGAUGGAGCAUGCCUGUCCAGUACACAGACAGCCACAUCAACUCGCACCUCCACACACGCCAACACUGCUCCAUCUUCGAUGUCAGCCACAUGCUACAGACCAAAGUCCAUGGGAAAGAUCGAAUAAAGUUCAUGGAGUCGUUGAUUGUUGGAGACGUCGUAGAGCUGAAGGACAACCAGGGCACGCUGUCUCUCUUCACCAACGAUAAAGGGGGCAUCAUGGAUGACCUGAUAGUGACUAAGACAGAUCAGGGUUAUCUGUAUGUGGUGUCCAAUGCUGGCUGUGCAGACAAAGACUCUGCUCAUAUGGAGGCCAAACUGAAGGAGUUUAAAGCUGCAGGACAUGCUGUCGAUUUAGAGUAUAUGGAAGAGAGUUUGAUUGCUGUACAGGGUCCGUCGACAGCACGGGUGCUGCAGGAUGGUGUGUGUGAUGACCUCAAGAAGCUGACCUUUAUGACCAGUGUUUUGACCCCAGUGUUUGGCAUUCAGGGCUGUAGGAUCACUCGCUGUGGAUACACUGGGGAGGAUGGGGUUGAGAUAUCCGUUCCAUGUCGGAGUGUCGUAGAGUUGGUGGAGAGACUGCUGGUUAAUAGUGAGGUGAAACUGGCUGGCCUUGGUGCAAGAGACAGCCUUAGACUGGAAGCAGGACUCUGUCUCUAUGGCAACGACAUUGAUGAGACUACGACACCUGUGGAAGCAAGUCUCGUAUGGACUAUAGGUAAGCGUCGUCGGCAGGCGAGGGAUUUCCCUGGAGCUGAUGUCAUUGUUCCACAGAUCAAAGCGAAGACCCAGAGGAAAAGAGUGGGACUUAUGUCCAGCGGCCCACCGGUCAGACAGCACACUCCCAUCCUCAGCCCUGAUGGCAAAGUUAUAGGUGAGGUCACCAGUGGAUGCCCGUCUCCGUGCCUGAAGCAAAAUGUUGCGAUGGGUUAUGUGGAGACAAGCUUCAGUAAAAUAGGAACGCCUAUUCAGGUGGAGGUGAGGAAGAAGAUGAUACCAGCAGUGAUCAGCAAGAUGCCAUUUGUCCCUACAAGCUAUUACACUGGACAGUAAAGUAACCACAGACUGAUCAAAUCAUUUAUUUUUCAAAAUAAAUCUUCUUGAAAAGAAAAGUCUGUCAGUGAAAUAUUUCUGACAGUUUAUAGCACUUGGAUUGACUGCUGCUAGAUUAAAAGAGUGAAAUUAAUUUACUAAUGAAGAGUGAGAUUUAUCUUUUCUAUAUUUUUUAUUUUAAUAGCAAAUACAGUAUUGUGUCUGGAAUAUGGCACGUAUGUAUAUUCUAAAGCUAACAAACCCAAAUGUCCUUUUUUUUUUUUUUUUUUUACUAUGCUAUAAAUUGUUUCUAUACUAUAAUCAGCGGUUAUCUAGAGAUCAAACACCUAAUAUUUUUUGCUUGUUGAAUAAUACUGACCAAACUGUAGGCUACUCCUUUUGCAAGAAUAUGAAUCCUGUAGCUGUGUGCCUUUAUUUGUGUAAUUGUAACACAUGCCUGCCCUCCGUGGUGGUAAUUAUUAUGGAUUAUAAUUUUAACCCUGCCAACUGGCAAGUUUUGAGUAUUAGUAUUGAAUUGCAUUGUGUUUAUUUCUGUAUAUUUGACCUUUUCACAUUUCCUUUACACUCUGUUAUUCCAAACUAUGAAACCAAACAAGGAGGCCAACAUUCCAAUGAAAAAUGUUUGUACCUUUUUUUUUUUCAUUCUUUAAAAUGUGUAAUAGUUCUUAGAGAACAUAAGAUUGAAAUGUAAAAAUAUCUAAGUCUAAAAAGAUUUGUAAAAAGAUUUUGUAUUUCACAUUAUUAAUAAACUGACAAAGUGAUGUUUA